UUUUUUUUUUACUCUUUUUUUUUUUACUAUUAUUAUUUAGAAAUUGUACAUAUAUAAUUGAUGUUUGCUUAUUUGGCGACUUUUUUUACUUUUGGUGCAUUAGUGCUGGAAAUCUUUAUUCUAUUAGCAUCCACCUAUAAUCAACCCUUUUUAAAAAGUAUUUAUUAUGUACAAUUCACGCUCAACGAUAAUUUCAUCAACUUUGGAUUAUGGGGAUAUUGUACAGGUACCAUAAAAACAGGUGUUACUUUCUGUAGUCAACCAAGUGCUGCUUUUGUAUGGUCGACGGCACCUUACAUUAAAACAUAUACAACCGGACUAACAGGGAUGGAUACAGUAUAUAUGGCCAAUUAUAUAUUAUUUUGGAUUGCGUUUGGGAUCACAUUAGGAGCAUUAGCCAUUACGAUCUUGGAUCAUUUUGGUCGUGGUGUAGAUUUCUUGGCAUCAUUAGCCACCUUCUUAGGCUUUAUUGUCAUGCUAGUGACAUUUAUCAUACUAGUGACCAUUUCUCUCAAAGGCAUCAAUGGGGCAAGGGAAGCAAAUGUAAAUGCGUAUGGUCAUCUGGGUGAUUGUGUAUGGAUGCAUCUUGGUGCCAUGAUUGGACUAUUAUUUGGUUCCUUAUGGUAUUGCUUCACUUGUAUCUUUGGUGGACCAAGAAAGUAAUCAUUCUUUUUUUUUUAUUUCAUUUUUCCUCUUUUUAAUUAUACCGCGAAUGUUGUAUAGUUAUAUAUAUAUAUAAUCAAUGUUGAUAUCAUCAUCAUCAUCAUCAUGAUAAUAAAAUAAACAGAUGCAAUUUAAUACGUCGUGUGAUUUCUUUCGCUCAUC